AGGCUCCACCACAACCACAUCUUCCUCUACCACCUCAGGCUCCACCUCAAGUUGUCUUCUACAUGGAACAACGUAUACUGAAGGGGCUGUAAUUGACUCAAGCAAUUUAGGUUUUUGCUCUGUAUGCAGUGCAGGCAACUGGACGUCUGUUGCAGGGUGCUCUGACAAUAACACCUGCUAUAGUUACAACCAAAAGAGAAACAACGGAGAUAUUUGCACCUCAUCUGGAUGGGCACCAACCAAUAACUACUCGCUCGUCAACGGCCUCAGAAGAGCACGCACGGCCUUCAAUAGAAUGAGAAACCUGCUGCAACAGAGGCAGAUGGGAGCCUCAUUGACAGGACGCAAACGACGCUCGAUGUACACGUUGACGGUGUUGGACAACAAUAACGUCACCCUUAGUAAUUACUGCGGAGUGGGUACCAGCCUCACAGGUACUCCGACGUAUGUUUACGAUUACUUGUUGAACUACACCUUAUCUCUGACUGUCAGCAGCAGUGCGGAAGAUGUCGAGUGUAUGGCCGUUUUGAUCGAAGAGUUCGUGAAUCUCUCAGUGAGCAAUGCAAUCAGCAUUGAGGACAGCGCAAUACCUCGACUCAAUAACGUCACUGACCAAGCCAUAGUGCAUAUAGAAGAACUCUUGUGUAAUUUGACCGGAGAAUAUUGUCCAUCAACAACCACAUCGACCACAGAUGGAACUACAACCACAUCAGGAACCAGCACCGCAUCAGCAACUAGUGUAACAACAACCACACCAGACACCACCAGUGCAUCAACAACCAGUGGAACUUCAACAACAAUCGAGGCCCCAAAGCCACUGGGAAAUCAACCACCAGUGGAACUUCCACAACAUCUAGCCCCACACUAUAUCCAACCAACCAGUGGAACAGUUCAACCACAUCAGGCCCCAGCACUAUAUCAACCACAAGUGGAACUUCAACAACCUCCAGGCUCCAAGCACUGA